GUCCGAACGGCCACAUUUUUAAAAGGGUCGCGGUUGCUGUCCCGCUGUGUUGUGACCGACUGUGCGAUUUGUCGUUGACUAUUCGUGUCAGCAUCCGCUGUGCCAUCGCCGAAUCAAGGAAAAGGAGGUAGUGGUGUAUUGGGGAAGACAGGGUAGUGACGGUGUGCUGUCUUGUGAAGAAGAGUCAUGGACGAGCAGUGGGAAGAUAGAUUGUUGUUUGUCGUCGUGGCUGUCAUGCAGUGGGUGAGUCGUCGUUAUGUGGGCGUCAUGGCCGUCCUUGACGCGGCUUCUCUAUUGCCUGUGCGCGACAGCGAAUUGGCGAUGUCCAUGACGAUGCUGUGCGGCGUCAUCUUCCACAACCUUUCCAUGUUGUCCACGUUGGCGGCCGGUGUAGAGGAUCGCAUGCGGGGCAGGAGGAGACUGUGGGUGAUUGAAAGGAGCGGCGGUGUGUGGGAGGACCUGCAGCUCAAAGGGGAGCGACAUGAGAAGGUGUUCAGGAGAUUCUUCAGGCUGCUACGUCCUGUGUUCAACGACAUUCUGCAGCGUAUCGGACCCUAUAUACAACGAGCAAUAACGAAUUGGAGGCAGCCGUUGCCAGCGGAGCAGAAGUUUUCUUGCGUGCUUAUCAGGUGGGCAACAGGAGGGUUUUACAGACAGUCCGGUCAUGGUCUGGGUAUGGGACUCGUGAGUGCCCUGCGCAGCAACAAGGACGUCGUUGAGGCGAUCAUCAGGGAGUACGGACAUGUCUUGUCUUUUCCGGAGGGGCGUCGCUUACAAGAGGUCAUGGACGCCUUCGAACGCAAGGGUUUCCCUGGCUGUGUGGGUGCAGUCGAUUGCAUACAUCUGUACAUAGAGAAGCCGCGGAAUGAACACGCUGCAUGCUACUACGACCGGACAGGGCGGUUCUCUAUUAUCGCGAAGGUUAUCUGCGAUCACAAGUGCCGUAUUCUUGUGUUUGUGGGUUGUCCCGGAUCGUGCCAUGACAUUCGAGUCCUCAAACAUUCGACACUCACCACCGACUACGACAAAGGGGUGGGUGUUCUGCACAGCACGCCAGCAACGCUUCGAGACGGGAGCAGCAUUGACCGUUUUUUGUUGGGUGACGCAGGUUAUCCGUUGUUGUCUUGGUUCAUGACCCCACAUCCUACCAACAGACCUCGCACUCCGGAACAGGUGGUAUUCGACGACAUGCAUAUGACAACGAGGAGCUGUAUAGAACGCACGUUUGGGUUCAUCAAACACAUAUGGAGGAAUUUCGGGCGUCGCCACAUCAGCAACCUGAAGACGAUCUGUAAGGAGUUCAUGGCAUGUUGCAUACUGCACAACAUCCUGUUGGAUUACAAGGUGGACAUGAACGGUUUAGCCGGAUGCGAUAGCGACGAUUCGGAUGAUGACUCCGAUGAAGACUGUCCACAGCCUCCGCCCUACCAGCCACCCCUGUAUGAAGGGGAAGCCAUGUCGGAACACAUAGGAAGCGUAUAACUUGGAGGCGUCGAAGGCCAUCAGGAGAAGGCUUUUUCGCCAUGUCACCCAUCAUGCGAGAGUGCACGGCCCCCCGGAUCCAAGUCCAUGGUUGUGACGCCAUCUUCGUACAUGGGCACAUACAUAGAUAGAUUGGAAGAUUGAUAGGUAGGCAGUAGCGGUGAAAUAGAAAGGUCCCUCCGAGUCGUAGUUGGUUGUGGAGCAGUUCCACAUCGUUAUUCGUUGUUCUGUGUAACGUGAGCGAUAAUUUGUCGUCGUUCAUUCGUUUUGUCUACAAGAAUCCCAUGUUUCCGACGUUAUCAACUUCGUUCUGUUCUUCUUCGCUUUCGUGUGCACAAACCUAACUUUUCGUAUGCCCGUGUCAUGAAGCAACACAUUGUGCAAACUUCGCAAUAGUGAUCUGUGCAUGGAGUGAGUUUUGUUGAACACAUACAUGGACAACGACAACCGAAUCUCCGCCCAAAACAUCAGAGGGUUUUGAAAGCAAUGGGGAAACAUACAGAAAGUAAAAUUUUAGAACAUGC